AACACAUUUUCAGUGUUCACUUAAGUCAAUAUUGACCCAUCUGUUGACUAGAAUAUGGGAAAACCCAAAAACUGGUGCGAAAAAGAGGCCGAAGACCAGACUGUAUAUCAAUCACAAACCCAUUAAACUUCAGAAUUUCUUGAACAAUACAAUGAUCAAAAACAAACCCAGAUAAUUUAUCUUCAAAUUCUCUAAAACCCAUCUCAGAAAUCCUCUCAAAACCCCAUUUCAAGACGCUUCCUUAAACCCUCCUAAAACCCCAACCAAAAAAAAACCCCAAUUGAACAAUGUCCCUCCAAACCCCGUCGGCGAAGACGGUGAUCUCCACCGCCGCAUCCAUGGCUGCCACCGCCGUGCUGGUCCGGUCGAUCUUCCGCGACUACGUUCCUCACGAGAUCAAAGACUUGGUCCUGUCAAGCCUCACCAGCUUCAUGAAAUCCUUCUCUUCUCAACUCACUUUGGUGAUCGACGAAUUCGAAGACGGCUUCAAAUCCAACCACCUCUUCAAAGCCGCCAAAAUCUAUCUCCGACCGACGAUCUCUCCCAAUACCGCGAGACUCCGAGUCUCACAGCCGAAAAAAGAGAACAACAUUUUGAUCACCAUGGAAAGGAACGAAGAGAUCAUUGACUUGUUCAACGGGAUCGAGCUCAAAUGGAAGUUGGUCUCGUCGCCUAAAUCCGAGCUCCGCCGCUUCGAAUUGAGCUUCCAUAAGAAGCACAAAGACUUGGUGUUGAACUCAUACUUGUCAUAUGUGUUGGAAAAGUCCAAGGAAAUGAAGGAAGAGAUUAAGACUUUGAAGCUUUUGACAUUAAACUCUUGUAGAAUUUUUAGGCCAAGAAUGGGAAGGGACAUGUGGGAAUCCGUGAAUCUUGACCACCCUUCGACGUUUGAGACUUUGGCAAUGGAUUUGGAGGCGAAGAAAGCGAUAAUGGAGGAUCUUGAGAGGUUUGUGAAGAGGAGAGAGUAUUAUAGGAAAGUUGGGAGGGCUUGGAAAAGAGGGUACUUGUUGUUCGGGCCUCCGGGGACGGGGAAGUCUAGCUUGGUUGCUGCCAUGGCGAAUUAUUUGAAGUAUGAUGUGUAUGAUUUGGAGUUGAUGAGUAUUAGGAGUGAUAGUCAGCUCAAGAGGCUGGUGAUUUCUACCGCGAACAGGUCGAUUCUUGUUGUUGAGGAUGUGGAUUGCUCCAUUGAACUGCAAAAUAGGCGCGCCAAAGCCAGGGCUAAUCGGAGUUUCCAUCCUAAUCAAAUGAACCAAGAGGUGACUUUGUCAGGAUUGCUCAACUUCAUAGAUGGACUGUGGUCGAGCUGUGGGGAUGAACGGAUCAUAGUGCUCACAACCAACCACAAGGACCGUCUGGACCCUGCUUUGCUCCGCCCUGGUCGCAUGGACGUGCACGUCCAUUUGUCAUUCUGCACCCCGUGCGGGUUCAGAAUGCUUGCUCACAACUAUCUUGGCAUCGCCGAGCACCAGCUUUUCGCAGACAUAGAGCAGCUGCUAGAGACGACAAAGGUGACUCCCGCGGAAGUAGGAGAGCAGUUGCUGAAGAUUGAGGAACCCGAAGCUUCACUUAGAGGCCUAAUCGAGUUCCUCAAAAAGAAGAAAGGAAAUGAAACUCAAAGCUCGUAGUUCAGCAAAGCAGAGAUGGAAAAGUCAAGACCAGAAAGUGGAGAAGAGGUGAAGGGAAAACAAAGCAAAGAUUUAAGGAAAUAUAAUGGAAUCAUAUGAUUGAUUAGAACUUGCGAGUCGACAUUGUGCUAUUUCCUAACUAAAUAAUGGUAGUAGCUAGACAACAUAUUUGAACAUAAAAUCUGCUGCUUCUGAUUUCUUCAUCUUUACUUGAAGAUUUUGGAUUUAUUACGACUUGGGAUGGCAAUAUUAUCAUAUAAUGAAAUACAGGAUAUAAAUUUUUGAAUCGUGCAUCCCCUUGCCUAACACCGUUUGCUGAGCGGUUUGGAAGAAAGUUGCGGGUUUGAUCUCGCCUUGUAUCAAAACUCGCCUUGUAUCAAAACUAGUUGAGACGUGUGCUAUGUAC